AUGGGUUUCCCUUUACGCUUCUUAUCAUCACUGUCGUUGUCCCUCUUGGCCCUCCUCCUCCACCGGGCCACGGUGACAAGUGGGUGUUUCAGCAUGGAGAGGGAGGCACUUUUGGACUUCAAAGCCGGCAUCCACGACACCUAUAACCGGCUAUCUUCUUGGGUAGGCCAAGACUGCUGCGCAUGGGAGGGGGUCAUCUGUGGUGCCACCACUGGCCACGUCGUCAUGCUCGACCUCCGGAAUACGUUUGAUCGGGCAUUACGCGGUGAGAGGAUGAUGAACUCGUCAUUGCUUGCUUUAUCUCAUUUGAAGCACUUGGAUCUUAGCGUCAAUGAUUUCAGGAGAAUCCGCAUACCGGAAUUCAUCGGCUCCUUCAAGAAAUUGAGAUACCUCAAUCUAUCUUCUACAUAUUUCAUGGGAGGAAUACCUGCUCGGCUGGGGAACCUUUCGAGCCUCUACGUUCUUGAUCUAAGCGAUGCUUUAGAUUUUGCAUACCAUGUUGACAACCUCGACUGGCUCUCCCAUCUUACCUCCCUGAAGAACCUGGACUUGAGCUGGUUGAAGCUAACCGGUGCCCCAGAUUGCUUCUGUUGUGCACGUCAACUUCACCUCCUCUCUUACCGUCCUUGA